CUGGCGCUGCUCUCAGCACUCCACUCCCCGCUUCGCCGUCAGUAGCGUUUGGAGCCAGGCGUCUGCAGACCGAAGCGCUGUCCCUUCAGCACCACCUUCCUGCGCUGGGAAAAGCCCUGUCCUGCACAAGUCGGCCCGAUCCGCCCCAAUAAAGCGUGGUUUGCAGUCUGGAAAGUGAGGUCCAAGAAUGGUGAAGCUGGGGAGUAAUUUGAGUGACAAGAACAGCAAACCACCAUCCAAUGAAGAUGGUUUUCAGACAGUUCCUUUGAUCACACCCUUGGAAGUAAAUCAUCUGCAGUUCCCAGCUCCGGAAAAGGUGAUUGUGAAAACAAGAACAGAAUAUCAGCCUGACCAGAAGAACAAAGGAAAACUCAGGGUGCCAAAAAUUGCUGAAUUCACAGUCAGUUUCACUGAUGGCGUAACAGAAAGAUUAAAGGUCACUAUUCUCAUAAGUCUGGCUCUUGCGUUCCUUGCCUGCAUAGUCUUUCUUGUGGUAUACAAAGCCUUUACUUAUGAUCACAGUUGCCCAGAUGGAUUUGUUUAUAAGCAUAAGAGAUGUAUCCCAGCCUCCCUGGAUGCCUAUUACUCAGCACAGGAUUCCAAUUCCCGGGGCAGAUUCUAUACUGUCAUCAGCCAUUACAGCAUGGCUAAGCAAACCAGCUCACGGUCUGUAUCGCCCUGGCUUUCUUCGGGAUCGGUAAACCAUGAAGCCAAGGCUGCCAAGACAGAAGGCCAUUAAAACUACUCAGUGGUGACGGGAGGGGUUGGGAGUAGGGAAACAACACCGUGUCUAUGAAGUAUCGCUCUGCCUCAGAGAGGGCGCUGUGCUAACAGCACGACAAGAAGAAAUGAAACUCAAGUGCAGGAGUCAUCUCAAUUGAUAUUUCUUUUCGUGCAUUGUUCUCGUUGAUUUGUAACCGGGCCAAGCUCUUGUACAAAGGCAUGUUUGAUGUUGACUGUAACUUUACGAUGUAAAAAUAUUUUUAAAAUCAUUGCUUAAAUAUUUGUUAGAAAAAUAAAUGAAAAAACAAAAAAAGCAAAUUCAGAAAACAACCAGAGAGGAUGGAAUCAAGCAAAGAGAAUCUCCCAGAAACUGUAUCUUUGGUAGAAAGUUGUGACCCUAAAGCAGUAUAUAAUGGAAGAACAUUUGAAUACCUUGUUUGACAUGCAGGAGUAGAGGGGAAGUCUUUUACAAAUCACGUCACUGGGCAGUUAAACUUGCCAAAGCAGGGUCCUUCUACUGGCAAACUGAGCUGCACAAAAUACGGUAUCAGCAUUAGUUUGUGGCUAGAGAAGUACACACGCAUGUGUGUGCAGUCUGAGGCCUGAAUUAAAAACAGAAAGAUCUAGGGAUUUGGAAUACACAGUCAUGGUACUGGAGAUCUUCAGUGGGUUUGUCAGGAUUAAGUGUUUUGGACAUAGAGCAGGAGAAGGAAGCUGUUGUGUUUAAAUCUCUUCAGCACAGGACCAUGAGUCAGGCUCUAUUCCCAGUUCUGCCACAGAUUACCUGUGUGAUCUUGGGCAAGUCACAUGGGGCCUGAUCCUUUGAGAUGCUGAGCACCUCUUUGGAGAGCAAAGAAACAAAUAACUUCAUUGUAAAUCUAGGAUGCUUAGCACCUCACAGGAGAGGGUUAGCAUUUUAAAGGGUCAAGCCCCCUCUGUGCCUCAUUUUCCCCUUGUCCUUAUUCCAUGGACACUACUUAUGUGGGGAUUGUGAGGGUUUGUCUGUUGGUGU